AUGCAAGCCAGAUUAUUACAAUAUAUUUCCCCUAAAAUUACUCGUUAUAUUGGUUUACCAAUAGCAGCCGUUGUAGGAACGGUCGGAUAUCUUGUUGAAAGAAAAUUAUCAAAACCUAAAAAAAUUGAAAUAUUGGAAACAUCAUUAAUUGAUCAAAGAAAUAAAAGAAGAUCUAAGGAUUUAUUAGAGGAAGAAAAGGAUAAUUCUAUUAUUCCUAAUACAUUGUCUGUUAAUUCAUAA